AUGACCGACCCCACAACAGAAAUCGAUGUCGACCUCGACGUCCAAGAAAUCCUCCUCGCCGCCUCCCAACACGACAUCCCCAAACUCCGCCAACUAAUCCGCUCAAACCAAACAAUCGCAAACCCCGUCAAUGUCAAGGACCCCGAAACCGGAUAUGCGCCGCUGCAUGCAGCAAUUGCGGCCUGCGAGCCUGACGACGAGGAGCCGAACGGCGUCCAGACCAACGGGGAGCAGGGAGACGAGCAGAAGAGCGUUGAGGAGAAGGGCUCGGCGACUGUGAGGUUUUUGCUUCAGGAGGGUGCGAUUUGGAAUGAUCUUGAUAAUAAUAAUGAGACGCCUGGGUGUGUUGCUAGGCGGUUGGGGUUGACGGAGCUGUAUGAGCAGCUUGUUGAUGCUGGUGUGCGGGCGGAGUUGCUUUUGAAUCGGUUGGAUGGGUAUGAGGAGCUUGAGGAUGAUGAUGAGGAAGAGGAGGAGGGACAGGAAGAGCAGACUGGGACUGAGGAGGUGGAGGUGGAGGGUGAAUCUGCUCCUCAAUUGGUUGAGGCGACUACCACUACUGAAACGGCUAUGGAGACGGGCCCCGAUGUCACUAAUUCCCGGUAUCUUGAUUCCAAUUUGACUUUCCAGAAUGAUCGGCUGCUGGAUCAAGAUCAGAAUGGUGUUAUGAUGGCUUGGGAGACGGAUAUCAUGGCCAAGUCGGCGAAGAAGCUACUGCCUACGUCUGGACUGCGUGUUCUGAAUGUCGGACAUGGUAUGGGUAUUGUGGACGGAUUCAUCCAGGAGCAGUCGCCAGCAGAGCACCAUAUCAUUGAAGCGCACCCGGAGGUUGUCGCCGAGAUGAAGCGGAAGGGCUGGGGUGAGAAGCCGGGUGUUACGAUCCACGAGGGCCGGUGGCAGGAUAUUCUCCCUGACUUGGUCGGACAGGGAGUUAUGUUCGAUGCCAUCUACUACGAUACAUUUGCCGAGUCGUAUGGCGACUUCCGGGAGUUCUUCAGUGAGCAGGUUAUUGGACUGCUUGAGCAAGAAGGGAAGUGGAGUUUCUUCAACGGUAUGGGGGCUGACCGGCAAAUCAGCUACGAUGUCUACCAGAAGGUAGCCGAGAUGGACCUUAUGGAUGCUGGGUUCGAUGUUGAAUGGGAAGAGAUCGCGCUGCCUAAGCUGGAUAACGAAUGGGAUGGUGUGCGCAGAGCAUACUGGCAGAUUGAAAGUUACCGUCUGCCAUUAUGCAAGUAUAUGGAUUAG